GAAAAAGGAGCAAAGGGAGAACCCAGAAGCUGUAGUGAAUGCUUUGAAAACAUACACCCGUUCCAUUAAACGCCGGCCAUCAACAGCAAAAUUCAUGGUGGUUGCCUCGUCAAUAAAAGAAGUGGAUGAGCCUUUUGGUCCUGAGGAAGACAGAUCAUCAUCUAGCUCUGAGAAAAGUCACGAAGCCAAGUCAAGCGAGGAAGAGGCUGAUACUGAACAGUCAAGGGAUAGUACUUAUGCUAAUGCUCAAAGGGAAGAAUUUGAUAUAAAAGAUGAUAAUGCCAAUGUCCCAUCAACAGCUAAAGAGGCAUCACCAGAAAAAACAGUUUCUGAUGGAAUUGCUGAGUUGAGAACAAACGAUGGCAGUGGUGACGACGAGAUUCUGACCAGGCGGCCAAGGUCGCAGAAAAAAACCAUGACCGACAACGAAAUAAAUGAAACAUUAAGGAAAAUGGCAAGUCCAGGUAAUGCUCAAGACAAAUAUGAUAUUCAGAAAAAACUGGGGUCUGGAGCCUCAGGGAUGGUCCACAUGGCUAAGUGCAAAGACUCUGACCAAAUAGUGGCCAUUAAGAUGAUGGAUCUGAACAACCAGCCAAAGAAGGAGCUGAUUAUCACAGAAAUUGAUGUCAUGAAACAGUACAGACAUGAGAAUAUUGUCAACUUUCUCGACUGCUACUAUGUGGAGCAUGAGCUGUGGGUGGUGAUGGAGUACUUAGAUGGUGGUGCACUUACUGAUGUGGUCACAGAGACAAUCAUGAAGGAAGGACAGAUUGCUGCAGUGUGUAGGGAAUGCCUGAAAGCUCUGCAGUUUCUCCACAAUAGAAACAUCAUCCAUCGAGAUAUCAAAAGUGACAAUGUGCUCCUGGGGAUGGUUGGAGCUGUCAAGCUGACUGACUUUGGUUUCUGCGCACAGCUGAGUUCCGAGAGAGGCAAGAGAGAAACAAUGGUGGGCACCCCUUAUUGGAUGGCUCCGGAAGUUGUAUCAAGAAAACAGUAUGGCAACAAAGUGGACAUCUGGAGUCUGGGUAUAAUGAUUAUUGAAAUGUUAGAAGGAGAGCCACCUUAUUUGAAUGAGACUCCCCUUAAAGCCAUCUACCGUAUAGCCACCAAGGGUAAACCUGAAAUUAAAGAUGAGCAUAAGCUGUCACCAGAACUGAAAGACUUCCUCCACAGAUGCUUGGAAGUUGAGGUGGAAGGCAGAGCCAACGCAGCUCAGCUGUUGGAACACCCUUUUCUAGAAAAGUCCAUGCCUCUUGCAACUUUGAGGCCACUUAUAGCUGCAGCAAGGAAUGCAAUGGGCAAAUGUUGA